UCACUCCUUCCAUCGCCAGGACCUGUCUAUUUUUGCCAUGCCAACAUAUGCCCGAAUCCCUUGUCUCCUGGACUGGGCAGGCCUCAUCUCCUCGCGUCUGGGUUCUUAAGCAUCCCUCCCGCACCUAGCUGUCAAAUUGCAGCUUCCUCAAAUUGUUGCGCACCUGUCUAGUCCUGUGGUUUCCUAUCACCUCCGCAAAUACUAAAUCCUCUGACGUCCAAAGCUCCACGCAAGCUGCGCCCCCUUCAGGCUUAUCCCUGCCUUGAGUACAGCCCAAGUACUCUUCCGGGAUGCGGGCCUUCUCCACCUCCGUGGUCCGGACCGUCAGGCCCCGAGCGCUUUCCUAAGCCCCGCCUUCCGGGCUCCCCCUCGGUGCUGAGGCACUUCCCUCCUGACUAUCUUGACCGUAGCCCAUCUGCAGCCCGUUUUGUGCCGUUAGCGGUCUCCCCCAUAAGAUCGGGGGCCUCCUUUCUUUUGCGUUCCCAGCACGAGUCUCUUGUUGUUGUUAGACUUUGCUUCUACAUGAGCGCCGUGACAUCCGGAGGUGAUGUCACCACACAGAGGUGAAUUAGGUUUGAGUGAGGGAGGCCUACGCGAGGUCACCUGCCUCCCUUCUCGUCCAGAGCUAUCUGGGUCCAGCGGCAAGAUAUAGAUCGAGAGGACUGGAGGUGGUCCAGCAUGAGGUUAAUCAACGUUUACUGACUGACUGACCGCUUGGGGGGAUCGGGUUCUCAAAGCCUGCGCGCAUGACUGAAGGCCGCUCCUAUAAAGCUCAGGCAGCCAGCCAGAGCAUUACUUAAGAAAGUCGCGGGCCGGAAGUAGCAAGCGGAAGGGGCGGGGCGAAGGCCGCCCCCCCGGAGACUGAGCGUCAGGGCGUCUUGCGUUAGCACGUUUGCGUAAAACCACUUCCGGAUUGUGGGGCGUGCGGACCGCGCACUUAUAGGUGCACGUGGACCCGUUCCUGGCUAGGAAGGUUGGGUUCGGGCCCUCUAGGAGCCUGGGGUUCCGAGGACAUUAGCCCCCGGGGGCCCCGGAGCUCAGGAUCGGGCUGGGAAAGGAGAUCUCUGGCUACCCCGGCUUCCCUCGGGCUGACAGAGAGAGACCGCUGACAGGGUCUCCCCUCACUUCCCUGCCGCUCCGGCCUUGACGCGUGAACCCCUUUCCCUGCCCCAGCGUCAUGGGGCGCAAGCUGGACCCCACCAAGAAGGAGAGGCGCGGCCCCGGCCGAAAAGCCCGGAAACAGAAGGGUGCGGAGACCGAGCUCGCCAAAUUCCUGCCGCCAGUUGACGACGAAAGUGGGAAGAGGCUCUCCAGCCGCGCCAGGAAGAGGGCAGCCAAGAGGAGAUCAGAGUCUGCAGGCGCGCCUGAAACCAAGAAGCUAUCUCCUAGUCCAAAGCCUCUAACCAAAGAUGCUGUCCAGCCCUCUGGGAAGAAGGGACUGAAGGCUUCUGGACUCAAAACGGGAAGUCAAGCAUUAUUUGUACCUGCCAAGGGCAAAAAACGCCCUGCCCCACCUCAUAGUGAUGAAGAGGAGGAUUCUGAGGACAGUGAUUCAGGGAAUGAAGGAGGUAGCUGGCCUUCUAUGGAUAGUGAAGAUGACGACAUGGUAGAUGAUUAUGGUGUGGCCUCGGAAGAAGAAAGUGAUGAAGAUGAUGAGCUCUUGCCCAUUGAGAAGGCUGCGCAGAAGCAGAGAGCCCAGGAAGCAGAAACUCUGAGUCAGUGGAGUUCAGAAGACACUGAUGAGGAGGAGGAGGAAGUAGAACAUUCUCCCCAGCCAAAAUUCAAAAAUGAUGAUGAAGAAAAUGAAGAUCUUCAGAUCAACUUGGACAAGGAUGAGAAAUUUGUAUUGCCCUCUGGCAAGGAGAUAGAGGAAGAGAGUGCCCAGGCUCCAGAUCUGCAGUCUGUACACCAGCGAAUCCAGGACAUUGUUGGGGUGCUGCGGGAUUUUGGGGCUCAGCGAGAGGAAGGUCGGUCUCGGACUGAGUACCUGAGCCGACUUCGGAAAGACUUGGCAACAUACUACUCCUAUGGAGAUUUCCUGAUUGGCAAAAUAAUGGACAUUUUUCCUCUUUCUGAGCUAGUGGAGUUCCUUGAAGCUAAUGAGGUUCCUCGACCCAUCACUCUAAGGACCAACACCCUGAAAACCCGCCGACGGGAUUUGGCUCAGGCUUUGAUCAACCGUGGGGUGAAUCUGGAUCCUUUGGGUAAAUGGUCAAAGACCGGACUGGUGGUGUAUGACUCUUCUGUGCCCAUUGGAGCCACUCCUGAGUACCUGGCAGGGCAUUACAUCCUUCAGGGUGCUUCCAGCAUGCUGCCUGUCAUUGCCUUGGCACCACAGGAACAUGAGCGUAUUUUGGAUAUGUGUUGUGCUCCUGGGGGCAAAACUAGCUACAUAGCCCAACUGAUGAAGAACACGGGAGUGAUCCUUGCCAAUGAUGCUAAUGCUGAUCGUCUCAAGAGUGUUGUAGGCAAUCUGCACCGUUUGGGGGUCACCAACACGAUCAUAAGCCAUGAUGAUGGACGUCAUUUCCCUAAGGUGGUAGGAGGCUUUGAUCGGGUACUGCUUGAUGCCCCGUGUAGUGGCACUGGUAUCAUUUCUAAGGACCCAUCUGUGAAGACUAAUAAGGAUGAUAAGGACAUCAAGAGAUGUGCUCAUAUCCAAAAGGAAUUGCUUCUGAGUGCUAUCGAUUCUGUUAAUGCUGCUUCCAAGACUGGAGGCUACAUUGUCUACUGUACUUGCUCCAUUACGGUAGAAGAAAAUGAAUGUGUGGUAGAGUAUGCCCUGAAGAAGAGAAAUGUACGGCUGGUACCCACAGGGCUAGAUUUUGGCCAAGAGGGCUUUACCCAUUUUAGAGAGCGGAGAUUCCAUCCCACACUUCGCUCUACCAGGCGUUUCUACCCCCAUACCCACAACAUGGAUGGCUUCUUCAUUGCCAAGUUCAAGAAGUUUUCCAAUGCUAUACCUCAGUCUAAGACAAGUGAUGCAGUAGCCAAUCCUACAGACUCCACGGACUCCAGGCUGACUAAUGGACUUUCUGCAACUAAAGCCCAGGGGGUCCCCCAGCCUAAAGUCAGCCCUAAGCUUCAUAAGACCAAGAAAGUUGGAAAGGCAAAGGUGCAGCAGCUAGGAGCUGCAGGGAUAAAGGCCCAGCAGCAGCCGACUAAGAAGAAGACUCUUUUCCAGAAUGGGAAGUCUGUUCAUAAAGGCCCCCGGACUCCUACAGCAAGGACUCCCAGCUCCAGCCAUCGCCCCCCCAGGAAGAAGCAGAAGGCUCAGAGCUGACAUGGCUGAUACUGAGGGGUCUGAGACUACCAGACUGGCGGGACUUUUGGGGCCAUUCUGCCUGGAUGCUGGGCCUGGUCUUGGGGACAUAAGUACUGAUUUAAACAGAGCCUUUUGUACACACAUAAAUAUGCCCAUCCCCCU